CGGAGUGCAAUUUCCUAUUUUGUCAGUUUUGUUUGCUUUUCUCGCACGCUUCAUGGCGUCGAAUAGUGCUGACUUCUGCGCCAUGACCCGCCUCACCACCCGUCUGCCCAACGAGGAUCCAUGCAGUCAGCUCUUAGCGCAGUUUGAGGGGCAGAAAGUUACUCACUGCUGUCCACGAGGCCGUGUGAAGUAUGGGGCCUGGGUUUGCCUGCAGAUAGGAUGGAAAUCUUUAAUUUAUGUGCUAGCAUCACAAGGAUCGCGACGCCCGUCUGGAUCAAUAUCCCUCAUUCCAUCCAGCUCUGAUGAUUGUUUUCCUACCACGCACCCAAGGAGUCUACACAUGUACCCCUGGCAUACAAAACUUGCUUCUUGGGCCGAGGGCACAGGACUUCACAUCGAUGCCCUCGGCCUCGUUACGCUCCUCGGGGCGGAAGAAAUGGAUCGGAGUAUAGGACGGCUUGUCCCGAGCCUUUAUUUUGACUUUCUACCUUUGCUAGGAGCGUUUGUCGUGGCAGGAGACCGAUUCACUGAAAAGAAAUCCGGGUUUACUUUGUACAACGUGUCAGAGGGCAUCAUGACCACCGAACUCGCUGGAUGGUUCUCUAGAUGGCUUCAAGGACAAGAGCUUCAUCGAGUGCGCAGCAUCGUCCACUGGGAAGUAGGUGACCGACCUCCUAGAUGGAGAUCGUUCCUGAUUGGAUUGCUUUUGAUCAGUGUUCCCACUCAUGCAACACUCAUUGUGCUCACUGUGUUGACUGCUGACUGGUGGGGCCUCGCAAAUGUCAUGGCCAUGAUUGUAUCCGUGAUUGUGAGAUGUAUUCAGGUCGCGCAAAACCAAGCUGGCAUUGAUAGAAAUAUCAAAGAAGCUCAAGAGGAGGCUCAAAGAUACAAUUAUCAACAAAAUCUCGAGAUCUACGAGGCAGCAAUCGCACGCCAUGAAGAAUUGCGUAAAAGUGGGACAGUCAGCGAAGAAACAAAAUUGCCAGUGGAGCCCAAGGAUCCGAAUGCGAUUGCCAAAGUGAUUGUCAUCACGGAGGACUCCAAAGCUGUGACUAUUGCUGCGCCAAGAUAUCUGAUCAAGCAAGCUUUUACAGCCAGCCCGCAAGUUCCGAAUCGGGUUCUCUACACGGCAUGCCAAUGGACUGGCUGGGUCGCAUUCGCGGUGCAUGUUAUCAGUAUCGGCAUGGCGGGCCUCUACACUCAAAUCUGCUCGGUCGUCAUCAUACUCGUUGCUACCGUUCUAACGGCCCAUAAGGUUGGCUGCGAGGAUUCAAGAUUAUGGCCCCUCCUCCGCAGCAAACUCGGACAUAGCACGGAUGAAGACAUGGGCAAUAUUUGCUGGGUUAGCUCGAGAUUGAGAGCCGCCUUGUCUUCCUACCCAGCUUUCUACGCUGAUUGGAAUGUCAUGCAACAGGAACAUAAACUCCCCAGUGUGCAAGAAUCGGAUGAGCUAGGAGGAGUCUCGAGAAGGGGCCGAAGAAAGUGGAGCGACAUAGAAUCAUUUAGCGCGAAGCCAAAUAUGUCGGUCAAGGUUCCAGAGCGCCGUCAAGAUCUUUAUGCGUGGCUAGACUUGACCACGGAAGAAGAUAGUCAUCUCAACUUUUGGGGACUCAUACCCCACAACCAGGAGUGGAAGAGUCUGUAUCUUGAAAAGAAAGCCAAGCACCGCAGGCGGAUGGGUGGAACUUGUUAGACAUGGUAUUAAGCACACAGCGUGUACUAUAUGAUAUCUGAAUAGAUGAGAGCGCGUCUCUCUUGAAUCAGAACUUAUUAGUA